GCUGAAUUUUUCUUAUUUUACUUUUUCAUUUUUGAUAUGUUUAUAAAAAUUUGUAUUCGCUAACUAUUACUGUUAAAUAAAAAUAAAAAUAAAAAUAAAAACAUAAAGUGCUGAAAGGAGCAGGGAUGGCAUUAAAUGCAUCAUCAAUAGCAUUGGAUACUGCGACUAAUGUAAUAGUACCAGUACCAUUCUCAAAAUUUAUUCCAUUGGUAUCAGAAGUAGCUAAUAUAUUAGAUCAAAUAGUGGAAUUAUAUCAGUCAGCAGAACAUAAUAAAAGGAUCUGCGGUUCUUUAAUUGAUAGAAUAUCAGCAACAGUAGCAGCAGUACGUAAUUUAAAAAUUCGUAGAGAUCAAAAUAAAAGUUUUUUUAAUCAAAAAAAUUUGAUAUUAUUACAAAGAUUGGUAAAUAACAUACAACAUAUUAAGAAAUUUGUUGAAGAAGUAAGUCAAUUAAAAGGAUUAUUAAAAUAUGUUCGAACAAAAAGCAUAGAAAAAAAUUUUAAAGAAUUGUGCAGAGAUUUUGAUAGUAAUGUAGCGACUUUAAAUUUUUCUAUUACUGUUGACUCACGUAUUCGAGCUGAAAAUGAUAAAAAGGCUUUAAGACAGGAUAUGGAUGAUCUAGGAAAAUAUCUUGAUGAAAUUGGAGGAGGCAUAACUGAUAUUAAUAAACAUGUUGCGGGUGCAGUCACUCAAUUGAAUGUAAUAAAUAGUACCAUGGAACAAUUAGUCGCAAAUAAUAAUACAAAAAGUCAAGAUAAAAUUGAUAAUGUAUUUCAUGAAGAACGACUUAAAAUAAAUGAAUAUGAAGAAACGGAUGUAGCUCGUGGAAGUAGGGUCAGAAAGUGGAUCGAUAAAAAGUACAGUAAAGAAGUAGCAUUUAAAUGUGUUGCGGAUGAAAAAGAUACUGAAGAAUAUAAGAAUAGUGUUAAAAAUCAAGUUACCAUAUUGAAAAAAUUAAAAGAUUGUGAUAGUAUUUUGAAAUUUUAUGGAUUAACUUGUGAUGGAGAAAAGUGGUAUUUAGUAACUGAAUGGGCGGAACUUGGUAAUUUAAGAGAAUAUUAUAGUACGUAUGAUUUUGAUGUUAAAACGAAACUGAGGUUUGCUAUUGAAAUUGCAAGAGGUUUGAAUUUCUUAAGAGCUAUUGAAAUUGUUCAUAGAGACGUAAGAGCGGAAAAUAUUUUAAUCACUGCUAGUGAAACUGCGAAGAUUGCAAAUUUUAAAUCGAGCAGAUUAAUUGCGCAGGAAACGAGAAAACAAAGUGCGAUAUUAGAAACUGUUCGUUACUUGGCCCCUGAAAUGUUAGGUCAAAGAACAGUAAAAUAUACUACUAGAUGUGAAGUUUAUAGUUUUGGUAUUUUAAUUUGGGAGAUUGCCGAACAAAAAACUCCGUAUGAAAAAUAUAAUGAUAUUUUAAAAAUUACUGACCUUGUUGUUAAACAAAAGUAUCGGGAACCAUUUUCUCUUGGUACCGGUUUACCAAAAAAAUAUCAAGAAAUUGCAAAAGAAGCUGUUGAGCAUGAUCCAAAUUAUAGACCUAAAUUAGCAACGAUUUUUACAACGCUUAAAGAACUUUAUAUAAAUUAUGGAAUGCCACCAGCUUCACCUCGUUCUUCGUAUCAUGGUAAAAAUAUAUAUCAAAAUCAUCCACCUGAUAGUAUCGACAUUCCAUCUAAUGAUGAUGAUAACAAUAAACACUAUCUUUUUGAUAAUAUUAACGAUACAGAUAAUCUUAAAACGGAAAAAAAUGAAUAUGCAGAGUGGUUAGAGCAAUCGAUUUCCAAAGAGCUCAUUGCAUAUUAUGAAUAUUCAGAAUUUAAAAUAAUAAAUAAGAUAGGAAAAGUUUCAAUGGUGAUAAGACAACCCUGAAAGAAGUUGUUAAUGAGGUAUUAAUUGAAUUUAUAAUAUUUAAGAAAUUUUUUAGUUUUUAUUAAUUAA